GUGCAAAGCAAAAUGUGUAAAACGGGAAAAUCAUCAACCAAAAAAGCAACUAUGAUGGCCGCUGGCAUUGACAGUAGCCACAGUUGGAUUAUUUUUCUUUGGAUUGCUACAUUCAUCCUCGGCACGGCCAGUAGCACCAGUGUGUUGGGUGUUGCACUAGGACAAGGAAUUCCGACUUGGAUAUCCUUGGGAAUCAAGUCUCCUUUUAUUGUAUUCCGAACGGAACAGGAGGUGCUAUCCAACAAUAGCGUGCUGUUGAAUCUUACAGACAUACGGAACAAGCUUAAAUCCGUACAUAACCUCGAUCACUUCAUCCGACCGAUCGACGGUAAUGCUGAUAAUAAAAACACAAAGAAAGAUACGUUCGCACCCAAAGGGGCCGGUGGUAGGAUAGGUACUGUCGGCAGCACUAACUCACCACCUGCUGCGCCACCAGUCUUCAGCGCCGAGAGUGCGUUCAGCAGUGGCAACGUUUCAAUAACCUUCCUCACCACCGUAGCCCCGUCGUUUGUGAACCACUUUGAGAAAAGCAACGGCAAUGACGGUGAGCACGGAGCUCGACCCAUAUUGUCCAUGAGGAACAAACCUCACAUACCGAGUGUGCUAGGUUCUGGAGAUCAUAUGAUUUCGGACGAUGAUGGAGGCGGAGGAAAUGGUAAAAAAGAGCGCAAGUACAUCAUUCCACUAGCACUGAAAACGUCCACGAACGAAAAGGAGAAAACUUCAUCCGUAUUCCAUGGUUCGUCCACCAAUAUCGACGAUCUGAAGCGGCAUAUAUUGAUGUUACAAAAUCUGACUCAAUCCGAUAAAAACUUCCAAAGCAAAUUUGUAGUAUUUCCCUCGCUGCAGAAAAACGGAACCGAACGAACCGGACAGACGACAGCAACCACUACGCCGGCAACAGUUUCACCGCAUCAUUUAUCGAUGGCAGCAGCUGGAUCUUCCCCAAAGGACGUGAAGGAGUAUCGAAACUUUGCACCGUCGUUGCGCGGCCAAAGCACGAAAGGGGACACAAAUGCCACAAACAAUCGAUCGUUGGUCCGGCCGCAGAUCUCCUCCUCGAUCAAUGUGCCAAAGAAAGCAUUCCCGGACUCGCACGACAUAAUGUCGGACAAAAAAGAGGAGGCCCUACAGGCGUUCAAGGCGGAAAAAAUCACUAUAGUGCCGCAAGUAUUUUUGCAAAACGAUCAAACAAGUGAAGCUGUCACCGAUAAGGAGAACAACUUGAACGAAUCUGCCAAUCGUGCUGCUGCUGCCGAUAGCGCUAAGAUGACGGCUAUAUCGCAGGUCGAGAAUGGUCCACCGUUUUCCCGAAUGCGCGAAACGAGGGAAAAAAAUGUUGUUAGAAAGUUUGGACAUAAAUCAACGACAUCUGGUAGCAGCAAGAGCGGGCCUAACCCGGAGGGUGGCAUACUGGGCAAUGCUAGAAACAAUCAAACGGUUCUUACAACUCCGCAUGUGAAAACAAGCAGCUCGACGAAUAUAGGAAAAGGAUUCCCAAACCGUGCUGCAUCGGUCGAGAUCGAAGCGCAGCGGUGGAAUAUGAAUGGACCGAAGUUAAACGGAACGUCAUCAGCUAAACCGACCGCAGCGAAGCGGGAUGGGAAAAAGAAACAACGUAAAAAUGGUAAGCGUCGAGGAGGGAAGCAAACCAUCAAACUCAAUGGGUCAAAAGAACAGCCAAAAACGGUAAUAUUGAACGACGACGCUACGGUACUACAAAUGUAUGAUAUCGAGCGUACCAGCAGUAGUGACGCGCACCGACAAGAGAUGGGUGGUAUGCGACCCACCAAGCCAGGACGUUCCACCGGAAGCCGGAAGCGGUCUCCUUCAUCCUCUCGCGUGCGGCGCAACGAGAACGGUGGGGUAUUGCAGCAGGCAGCCAGCAAACAACAACAACUGUACGCUUCCACCGGACGACUGCAUGGCCAGAUUGGCCGGGAUGGACGGUACGAGAGCCGUAUGGUGGCGGCCGCAGGUUCGAUGGAGUCGUUAGCCGGCACAAUGGACCAGCUCACGAGUGAAGGAUCCGGUGAGAACAGCAACAAUAGAAGUCACAAUUACCGUAAUCGGACUUUAUCAGCGGAUGGCAAUGAGAAAGAUAUUUUGGAUUUGAAUCCGGAUCUAUGCUACACGCUCAGCGCGCUAAGUGGCGGACAACAGAAACUGUGCGCUCAGCACACGAGCAUUAUGCCAGCAAUCAGUCGUGGAGCACGGGCAGCCAUACAGGAAUGCAAACAUCAGUUCCGGAACCGAAGGUGGAAUUGCAGCAUCGUGAAUGAUGAUACCGUAUUUGGACCCAUAUCAAAUAUAGGAUCUCCAGAGAUGGCGUUCGUGUAUGCAAUGGCCGCGGCUGCAGCGUCUAGUUUUAUUGCACGGGCUUGCCGUGAUGGCCAACUAGCUUCCUGUGGAUGUUCCCGAAGCAGCCGACCCUCUAAGCUCAACGAAGACUGGACCUGGGGCGGAUGUGGCGAUGAUAUGGAAUAUGGUUACAAAUUUACGCAAACUUUCAUCGACAUUCGUGAGAAGGAGAAAAAACGGGGCACACGUGGCCUGGUAUCCAUUCCGGCCAAGUAUCCGAAAAUAAUCGAACGUCUGUUGGACGCACUAAACGAUACCACCAAAGCGGGCGUAAUGCUGAACGAGACGGACACGAUUCUUCGACCGGAGGACCUAGAAAAGCUGCAGGACAAAAUAGCGAAAGAGAUCGCCAACUCGAAUCUUAAUCCGAAGGAAAUCAGCGACCUACAGGAACGGAUUAACAAGGAAAUCACCAACUCCGAGGUAUUCAACCUGAAAAACGUCAACAUUUAUGAUAAAUUGAAAAAGAUAUUCCGAAAACCCGAGAAAACGCUCAACGGCGUACAGUUUAGUGCGUCAGCCAAGGCACGAGCCCUGAUGAAUUUGCAUAAUAAUGAAGCUGGUCGUAGGGCCGUUAUUAAAAAAUCACGCAUCAUCUGCAAAUGUCAUGGAGUGUCGGGUUCAUGCAGUUUGAUCACCUGUUGGCAGCAGCUAACAUCGAUCAGAGAAAUAGGCGACUUUUUGAGGGAAAAGUACGACGAAGCAACGCAGGUUAAAGUAAACAAACGUGGUCGAUUGCAGGUAAAAGAUCCACGCUACAAAAUACCAUCUGCUUUAGAUCUCAUCUAUCUCGACGAGAGUCCAGAUUGGUGUCGGGUCAAUCGACAGCUCAUGUGGCAAGGAACACAUGGUCGGGUGUGUAAUAAGACUUCCUCUGGGCUGGAUGGAUGCUCCAUACUAUGCUGCGGCAGAGGUUAUAACACAAAGAAGAUUAUCGUGAAGGAACGCUGUAAUUGUAAAUUUCAGUGGUGUUGCCAGGUAAAAUGUGAAGUCUGCACAAGAAGCAUCGAAGAAUACACGUGUAAAUAAUAGAAUAAAACAAAAAAACACGAAUGCGAAAUUUGCAGAAGCUCUAGUGUGAAAUGAAUCGAAGGUUAUGGAUCAUUCGCGCAGAACAAAAGUAUACUCGUUAUUCAGGUAUAUAAAUCCUCUCCAUGUAGGUUUUAUCGUUAGAUUAGUACAAUCGAACCGUGAAAAGUUUGAUAACAGGUCACCGGAACACAAUAGAGACAAAUUGUCUCAGACUGACUACACAAAGCCGACAAUAUUAUUUGCAUUCCUACAUUCCGUGAGGCUUGUUACACGUUUCUUACCACACAUGCUUCAAACUGAACGACAGUGAGUAACCCAGUCCCGAUUCAUUCUCCAUUAGCUACUGCCGGUGCAUGAUAGUCAGUUGUAAAUAUCAGUUAUUUCAGUGCGUGUUAAGAAUAUUUCUAAAGCAAAAACAAACACACAGUAUUAUUAGGUACAGUUUUACUUAAUGCAUUAAUUUAAUAUGCUAAGGUAAGAUUCUCGAUGGAAUUGGUAUUGAUAUUAUGAGCAGCGCAACAUUUGGCAAUAACUAACUCAUGAACUUGCAGAACGAUGAUCCAUCGACACUUGAUAAUUUUCUUCUAUUUCGUGUCUCGUCAACAUGUAACAAAUUCUACUGUAGAUAUUAAAGUUUUAGUAGCAGAGAUUGAAGCUCGAGCACGGUCAAACUAGCUUUUUAACAUUUAAUCUAUUUAAGCAACAACUGUCGUGUAGAUUUCACAGAUUUUGUAAAACUUGAGGCCCGCUAUGGGAUAGAUUUUCCGGAAGCGCGAAAGUGGAGUAGCUGCUCGGAGGUUCUUAUUUCUUCAGUAUUUGCUUGCUUGAAGAUUCGCAGGCGUGUGCUGGAUACUCUUAUUAGCUACGAAUGAAUGAAUAACCUGCCUAUUUAAGUGAUAUAAGCAAAGGAGCACUUUUAAUGAAUUAUUAUUGUACUUUUCAUUCCAAACAUGUUACAGCCGUAAGCAUGAGCAAAGAAGCAAUAAA